CUAAACCCAACUGACGUCACACAGCUUCCUUGUUGUAAGCUACACAUUCAAAUUGAGCACUGGCUCACUACCUUCCAUCACACACAGGCAAGGUCAGCGACUAAGGACCACAAGGAUACACUGCUUGUAUUAAGCUAAGAGACUAUUAAGAAGGGCCGAAGAUGCCACCACCUGCAGGAGGUCCCGCAACUAUCACUCCACCUGAUGGGGAAUGGGGUUGGGCUGUGGUUUUUGGAGCUUUCAUCUCUAUUGGAUUCUCCUAUGCAUUCCCGAAAGCCAUCACAGUGUUCUUCAAAGAGAUACAAGAGAUCUUCCACACUUCGUACAGCCAGAUAGCAUGGAUAUCUUCUAUCAUGUUAGCCGUCAUGUAUGCAGGCGGUCCCAUAAGCAGCAUCCUAGUAAACAAAUAUGGCAGUCGACCCAUAAUGAUCAUGGGGGGCUUCCUGUGUUCCAUAGGAAUGAUUUCAGCAUCCUUCUGCAACAGUGUUGCGCAGCUUUACUUUUGUGUCGGAGUCAUAGGAGGUUUCGGUUUGGCAUUCAAUCUGCAGCCAUCCCUCACUAUGAUUGGAAAGUAUUUCUUCAAGAAGCGUCCGAUUGCCAAUGGGCUGGCUAUGGCUGGAAGCCCGGUGUUCCUGAGCACUCUGGCCCCCCUCAACCAGUACCUGUUCAACCGCUUUGGCUGGAGAGGAAGUUUCCUCAUUCUUGGUGGUAUUCUAUUGAACUGCUGUGUGGCUGGGUCUUUGAUGAGGCCCUUAAGACCAAAACCUGCCCCUCAAACCAAAAAAGAUGUGGAGUCUGAAGCUGGAGACCCUCUCCUGCAUAAAAAGCACGAUUCAAAGAAAUUAACGGCGUGGGAGACCUUUAAUACGUACUUGGACCUGUCUCUUUUCAAACACAGGGGAUUUCUCAUUUAUUUGUCAGGAAACGUCAUCAUGUUUUUAGGCUUCUUUGCUCCCAUUGUGUUUCUGGCUCCCUACGCCAAACACAAGGGCAUUGACGAAUACUCAGCAGCCUUUCUGCUUUCCAUCCUUGCUUUUGUAGACAUGUUCGCCAGGCCUUCCAUGGGGCUGUUGGCAAACUCUAAAUGGAUAAGGCCAAAGAUCCAAUACUUUUUCAGCUUUGCAGUAUUGUACAAUGGUAUCUGCCAUGUGCUAUGCCCAUUGGCAGAGACUUAUACAGGCCUGGUAAUCUAUGCAGUCUUCUUUGGCUUUGCUUUUGGAAUGGUCAGCUCCGUCCUCUUUGAAACGCUGAUGGACAUUGUUGGUGCUCAGAGGUUCUCCAGCGCUGUAGGUCUGGUUACAAUCAUAGAGUGCUGCCCAGUGCUCAUUGGACCACCGUUAGGAGGUUGGAUGGUGGAUGUGACUAAAGACUACAAGUACAUGUAUUUUUGCUGUGGUGUCAUUGUUAUAAUUGCAAGUAUUUGGUUAUUUAUUGGGAAUGCCAUCAACUACAGACUGCUUGACAAGGAGCGCAAACGAGAGGAAGAGAAGAAAAGUGCAGCAAUCAACAGCUCUAGUCAGAAAGAGGCGGAAGCAGCUUUAGACAACACCCCUGAAAAUCUGUCAGUCAAUGCUGAAAAGACAUCAGAGGAUUCAACUGAAAGAGAAACUAAUAUUUAAAAUGGGCCCUUUUUAAAAUUACAGCUAUACAUUUGAAAAACACAACUUAAAUUAAUAUGUUCAGGUUUGAGCAGUAUUGAGGCAUACUGGCUCCACAUUAUUAAAUGUUGCUGCCAAAGUAA